CAAGUAUUAUACAGAAUAACUAGUGUUUAAGUAAUUAGGCAGGGACAUUGUAAAGUACUCUCUGCCUUUAACUUAAGCUGUCUGGCAUUUUCUAAAAACAACACAGUUUUCCGUAUUGGGAAGUGAGUUUCUGACUUUCAUUGCUAUAAUACUGUGAGAUAAGUGCUUCUGUCUUCAAUCGGUUCAAGUCCUAUCAAUGGGACUUUUCUUUAUUUUCACCAAUUUUGGGAAUUUGCGUUUCUCCUCUAACUCAAGCUGUGUGUGUCCCUUUGGGCUCCAUUUGUUCGACAACACACAAUAGUACAGUCUUCUCAAAUCAGAUGACAUUCUCUUAAUUUCCUCGCUUAGCCUACCUAGAAAACAUUAAACUGAUGGUGGGAGAGAAUUCUUCAGAUCGAUGCUAAGACUGAAUGAGGUUGUCUAUGCAUGCAUCUGUUAUAUGGUUCAUGAGACCUGAUCAAGAUUUGUUAUACUCUACUCAGUGUCUCCAUCUGGUGGUUAUCUACUAAAAGACACUAUCGGAAAUAAAAACACUCACUUUAGCUCUUCGCGAUUACUCAGUCGCCCAGAAUCACAUUUUAUACUUUCUAUUUUAUAAAAUACAGGGUGUAUUUUUUUUAUGUCUGCACUCAAAACCAUAACUUAUUAUUUAUAACGACGAACUUUUCAAGCCAUAAAAUAGGUCAAAGGUCAAAGUUCCUCGAACAUUUCCUGUCACCUCACUAUGACGGACGCAACGAAUUGUUAUCAGAUUACACAACGAAUUCUUUUUUCAGGUCUUUGAUAAACACCUUUUUUUAAACGACAACUGCAAAACAGAUCUUCAGUGUUGUUUUCGGGCGUGUUAGUAGAAUAAUGGCAGAAGCUAUACCUCGAGAUCACGACCAGUACAGCUGCUCAAUAUGUUUGGACUUGUUGAAGGAUCCCGUGACAAUUCCGUGUGGACAUAGUUACUGCAUGAGCUGUAUUAACGAGUGCUGGAAUACAAAUGAUCUGAACGGGAUCUAUAGAUGUCCACAAUGCAGACAUGCCUUCAAAACAAAGCCUCCACUCAACAGAAGUACAGUGCUUGCUGAAAUAAUGGAGAAACUGAGGAGCACAGAGCUGCAAGUGUCAGAGUCUGCUCAAAGUCUUGCUGGACCUGGAGAGAUUGCGUGUGAUUUCUGUGCUGGAGAAAUGAUCAGAGCUGUCAAGUCUUGUCUGGAGUGUCGAGUCUCUUUCUGUGAAACACAUGUACAACCCCACUAUAAUGUUCCUGCCCUGAAGAAACACAAGCUGGUGAAAGCUGCAGUCAUUCCAGUCUGCCCCAGACAUGACAAGCUCCUUGAGGUUUACUGUCGGACGGACCAGAAAUGUGUCUGCAUGCACUGCUUAUUGGAUGACCACAAGAGCCAUGACACAGUGCCAUCUACAAUAGAGCGCAACGACAAACAGAUCAAACUCACAGACACUCAAAAGAAAGUCAAGCAGACAAUCCAGGCAAAAGAAAGAGAGCUGCAGGAGAUGAAUAUGGACAUCGCCUCCCAUUCAGAUUCUGCGAAGAAGGCAGUGGAGAACAGUAAGAAAGUCUUCAGUGAAUUAGUCAAAUUAAUUGAGAAAAAAGGCAAUGAGGUGAUCGAAAAGAUAAAAGCUGAAGAAAAGGCUGAUCUGGAUCAAGGCACAAAGCUACAAAAGAAGCUGCAAGAGGAAAUUACUGAGCUGAAGAAGAGGGAAGGAGUUCUAGAGGAUCUUCUACAGACAGAUGACAACAUCCAAUUUCUUCAGAAUUAUGAGUCUGUGUCCUCUUCAUCUGGGACUGAAGAGUUGCCGAGUUUCUCAUUUCAGCCGUACUGCUCUUUUGAGGACAUAAGAAAACUCAUAUGUGAGCUUGCCGGGAGACUGGAGACUUCUUGCACGCAGGAAAUAAGCAAAACAAUUACUAAAGUUUCAGAUUUGUCGGCAAAAAGGCCUACAAUUGAGAUUGUAGUUGGAGACAGAGUCCGUGUGAAGCCGUCUGUUGUUACUCCAACACACAAAUGGGGAUCGGUUACUCAAUUUAGCAUUGGUGUUGUCAAAAAAAUUCAGGGCAAUUUGUUGACGGUAGAUUUCCCCGAACAAAGAAACUGGACUGGUGUAGUUUCAGAAAUGGAGCGUGUGACCAGUGCUGGUUCAAAUUUGUCAACCAAAAAUGAUCCAUUCAACAUCAAAGUUGGAGACAAAGUCAGAGUGAAACCUUCAGUUAUUACCCCAAAACAUAACUGGGGUAGAAACGUCACUCAUAAGAGUGUGGGUGUGGUGAAAGACAUUAAAAGCGAUGGCAGUGUGGUUGUUGACUUCCCUGGACAUGCAAACUGGAAAGGAAUUCUCACUGAAAUGGAGCAAGUAACUGAUGAUGAUGAGAUUGGACCUUCAAGUCUGGACUCCAGUAUUAAGAUUGGAGACCAAGUUCGUGUGAAGUCAUCUGUUGUUACUCCAACACACAAAUGGGGAGCAAUCACUCACAAAAGCAUAGGUGUUGUAAAAAAAAUUCAGGGCGAGUCUUUGACUGUAGAUUUCCCUGAGCAAAAAAACUGGACCGGUAUCAUUUCAGAAAUGAUUGUGGCCAGCACUGGUCCAGAUAUUCUGAAUCAGUCUUUGAAUGUAGAUUCAAAUUUUUCCGAAAUGGAGAUUGUGACCAUUGCUGAUUUAGUUGACAUCAAGGUGGGAGACAGAGUCCGAGUGAAAUCUUCAAUAAUUACUCCAAAACACAACUGGGGUGGACAUGUCACACACAAGAGUGUUGGUGUGGUAAAAGAUAUCAAAUCUGAGGAUGUGAUCGUGGAUUUUCCAAAACACAAAGGCUGGAAAGGCAUUCUUUCUGAGAUGGAGUUGGUAAACGACUCAGACACUGGCAUUUCAGGAUCCCCCUAGAUCGUGAGGAUGUGACUGUGGACGUCGCUGCUUAGCAUUUGCUUUUGCGAAUGAGCUUCCACUUAAACUUGCCAAUGUCUUUAUUUUUAAGUUUGUAGUCAUGUGAACAUGAAAAAAAUAAAUUGAAAAAACAUA